AUGUCGGGUUUUUUCUUUUGGUGUGGUGUGCGGAAAAUUGAUUCGAUUUUUUUUCUUCCGCUAUGUUUCGUGAUACUGCUGGGCAGUUGUUUGGUAUCGUCCUUCUGGACGACGAGAACCGUCUCCAAGUACAUCACUCCGGCGGAUCAAGAUCGUUAUCAGAAAAUCUUCACCGAUGGUCUCAAAUCGUCCGAUCUGCAGGCGGUGUACUUUUCGUCCGUGAAUGUGGCCGACAAGUCACCGGAUGCCUGCAGCCGGUUGGACGCGGUUUACCUCGAGUCGAAUUUUAAUGAUUUCAAGAAGAAUUUCUACUACUCCGGGUCGUGGAAGAAUUUCGGAUGUAAGACGGUUCCGACAAAGGUCAAGCAAACAGUAGAGGCCGCUCUGCAGAAGGAUACCGGUUCCACACAGGAAGUCUACUUCAAUUUGCAUGCGGCAAAGUAUUUGGGUGUCGCUGUGGAUGAAGCCACAAAGGCACGAUUGGCUAAGAACUUGCAGGCUAUUUUGAAGAAGGACGAUUCUUUGAACAGUCUAGGGCAUGCAUUUGCUGUGGCGGCAGAGCUGGGAACUAAUGGGGCUUUUGCUUACGAUCGUGUUGAGGAUGCCUUUGUACAGGCAGAUGAAGUCGACGGAAAGAUGCUGCAGUUCGAGGGAGGAUUGAGCAUUACGGCUUUGAUUGUGAACGGCGCGUUCAAAUUGACUGCGAGUCUGAAUAAGCCAGCUCCGAUUAUUGCUGAUCAGGCGGUCAAAUUGGCAACUUACUUCCUGUCCCGUUCGUCGGUUCAAACUCCAAAGGGAGUGAGCAUUCUGCUGGAAGCUUUGAAUACACUUUCCACUCAGAAGGCUAACGCUCCCAUUUGCGUCAAGCUGUCCGGAAAUGUUCAACUCUUGCCAGAAUCUCCCGUGCUGAUGGUGAAAGUAAGCGAUCUGUUAGGUAAGCCUUUGAGUCCGGCUUUGGCCAUUGUGAGCAUUUCUGUCACUUCGAAGGCAACAAGCGAAGCAUAUUGA